AUGGGCCGUCUAGACAGACUCGAACUUGAAAACUUUAAAUCCUAUAAGGGUCGCCAAACUAUUGGACCUUUUUAUAAUUUUACCUCUGUAAUUGGACCAAAUGGUGCAGGAAAAUCAAAUCUCAUGGACGCAAUUUCUUUUGUGUUGGGAGUCAAGUCUGCACAACUACGUUCUACACAGUUGAAAGAACUAAUUUAUCGAGGAAGAUCUAUGCAAGAAGAAGGUGAAGAGGACAUGGAUCUUGAAGGGCAUCUAGAAAGCCCGAAGCGAGCGUGGGUCAUGGCUGUAUACAAGGAUGAUGACGAUGACGAAAUCCACUUUCAACGAAGCAUUACGAAAACUGGUUCGAGUGAAUAUAGGAUCAAUGACGAUGUGGUUACCUUUUCAGUAUACAAUGCUGAACUGGAAAAACGGAAUAUCCUAGUAAAGGCUAGAAACUUUUUGGUUUUCCAGGGUGAUGUAGAAGCAAUCGCAUCGCAAUCACCAAAAGAUCUAACUAGACUCAUCGAGCAAAUCAGUGGCUCUCUAGAAUUUAAGGCAGAAUAUGAAAGGCUAAAGAUACAGCAAGAACGAGCGACCGAAAAUUCAACAUUUAAUUAUAAUAAAAAACGUGGCAUCAAUUCUGAAAUACAGGAAUAUCAAAAGCAAAAAGCCCAAGCACAACAAUUUGAAAAAUUACAGGCCGAAAAGGCACAAAUCAUGGUUGACUACCUCUUAUGGAGAUUAUUUCAUAUUCAAGAGGAUAUAAAAGAAUAUCGAGGACAGAUAAACGAUCAUAAUAAUAUAAUUGCAGAGAAACAGAAGAUACAGAAAGAGUAUGAUGCUGAGCUGAAAAAGGCCAGAGUCGAACAGGCAAAAGUUCACAGAGAGUAUUACCAGGUGGAAAGGGAGAUGAAAUUGAAAGAGAAAGAAUUAGAAGAGAAGCGCCCAGCUUUGCUUACAGUGGACGAAAAAAUCGCACAUUCUAAAAGAAAAUUAAAUCAAUUUGAACAAAACGCUGAAAGAGUACGAAAAGAUUUUGAGCGACAGUCGAAACGCGUCGAAUCACUGCAGCUAGAAUUAGAUAAAGUUACUAGGGAUGCCGAACAAUACGAGGCUUCACUAAAUGCCGAAAGUAGUAGCAGCAAGAAAAGCGCAAACUUAAACGCCGAUGAAAUCGCAGAAUAUAACAGAAAGAGGGAAGAAGCAAACAAAAAGAUCAUAACAGAGAAACAACAGUUAGAAAAUUUCCGCCGACAAGAAAAGACAUGUAGCGAGUCGACGCAGCGAUUGAAGGAGAAGAUGGAAGAUUUGGAUAGACGUCGUAAACAACUGGAGGAAGAAAGUUUAUCAUUAUCGGAUCACAAAGACAAAGGAUCUGCGUAUGUGGCGCAACUACAACUUGAUCUUGAAAAAUCAAAAGGAGAACUCCAGUCAAUCAUUGUUGAAAGAGAAUCCAUUAACCGUCAAGAAAUUUACUUAAAUCGAGAGUUGCAGGAAGUUCUUAACAAAAUCACCGUGGCAAAUGUAGAUCAAAAUGAAUCGGAAAGGGAACAAAAAAUGAAGGAAUGUUUAGAAAGUUUGAAAAGAGUUUUUUCAGGUGUACAUGGACGUCUUUUGGAUCUGUUUACGCCGAGUCAGAGAAAGUACGCAGUUCCAGUCUCGAUUAUCUUAGGAAGAAAUUUGGACGCAAUUAUUGUUGAUCAACAAAAGACCGCUAUCGAAUGCAUCCAGUACAUGAGGGAGCAACGACUUGGACACGCGACAUUUAUUCCUCUUGACACAAUUGUAGUCAAAUCAAUAAAUGACAAGUAUCGAAGUUUUAUGAAAGGAGCGAGGUUAGCUAUCGAUGUUAUUACGUACAAUGAUAAAUUAGAACGCGCAUUUCAAUAUGCAUGCGGUAAUACGUUGGUAUGCGAUACUCUCGAAAUCGCAAAGCACAUAUGUUACGAAAAGGAUCAACACAUCAAAGCUGUUACCCUUGACGGUACCAUAAUUCAUAAAAGCGGAUUGAUUACAGGGGGUCAUAGCGAUGACAUUCUUUCAGGUGCAAAAAGAGUAACAGAAAAGAAACGUGGGGAUACAUUGGAAGGAUUGAAACGACAGAGAGAUGAAAUUUUUUCCAAGUUAAGCAAUCUCAAUAAAUCAAAGCGUAGGGGAAAUCUUGAGGAGCAAAAGAAAAGUGAAAUAUCUGGUUUGGAAUCUAGAUUAGAGCUUUCCCAACAAGACCUGUUUGAGGUUACGAGAAAGCUAAAGGCAGUUAACGAUGAGUUAUCUGUUAUCGCUGAAGAAGUUUUAAAACUUCAGCCAACCUUAGAUCAGGCACAAGCGGAACUUAUGCGUAUUAAUGAGCAAAUUGUUCAGCUGGAGAAUAAAAUAAAUUUAAUCGAGGAUGAUGUUUUCCGGGAUUUUUGUCGAAAAAUCCAAGUCUCCAAUAUCCGUGAUUAUGAGCAAAGACAAUUAAAGAUGGCUCAAGAAAUUGCUGAAAAUAGGCUUAGGUUUACAACGCAAAAGUCACGCCUUCAAAAUCAAUUGACAUUUGAAUCUGAACAACUAAAUGAAACUCAAGAUCGAUUAAACAGACUAGAAACAGCUAUUCGGGAUGAUGAACAUAGGCUGUCAGAGCUCGAAGAGGAAAAAAGUCAAUUGCUAAGGGAUAAAAGUCGUAUCUCCGAUGAAAUUACUGAAAAGCAAGAAACCCUUAAUGAAAUUAAAAAAGAAUUUGACGUAAGGACAGAUGCUGUUAAUUCAGCAAAGAGACAAUUAUCACAAUUGAAUAAAGAGAUUGAUAAGAUGAUGAAGGAAGUUGUUAACAAGGAAUCGGACAUAGAGAAGCUGGAGGCCGAUAGGUUUUCCAUAUUUCGUAAGUGCAAGCUGGAAGAAAUAGAACUCCCUGUCUUGAGAGGCUCUCUCGAUGAGGUUUUAAUUGGAGACUCGUACCAAGAGGAAGAUGCUAUGGAUACUGACGAUGAUGAUAUCAUUGCGUCAAGUAGUAGAUCAAAUUCUAAUUUAAAUAUUCAAGUUGAUUUUGAGUCCUUGACAGAAAAUCAUAUGGAGAAUAAUGGAAACGAGAUUGCUAAAGAUUUCGAAAAAAAGAUUGACGAAAUAACAGCAAAGAUGGAAGAAAUUGCGCCCAGCUUAAAGGCUAUAGAGAGACUUGAAGGCAUAGAACAACGUUUACAGGAUACAGAAAAAGAAUUUGACAAUGCGAGGCGGGAAGCUAAAUUGACCAAAGAAGCAUUCAACGCCGUUAAACAAGACCGGUAUAAACAUUUCCAUGAAGCAUAUGAUCAUAUUUCCGAAAACAUUGAUAAGAUUUAUAAAGACUUGACAAAAAGUCGUAGCUUCCCCUUGGGAGGGACUGCGUAUCUUAGUUUGGAGGACACAGAGGAACCUUAUUUAGACGGAGUGAAAUACCACGCCAUGCCUCCAAUGAAACGUUUUCGAGAUAUGGAGCAAUUGUCCGGCGGUGAAAAAACGAUGGCGGCGCUAGCAUUGCUAUUUGCUAUUCACAGCUAUCGACCAUCGCCCUUCUUUGUGCUCGAUGAAGUUGAUGCUGCCUUGGAUAACACGAAUGUUGGAAAGAUUGCAAAUUAUAUUCGGGAACAUGCUUCAGAUAAAUUUCAAUUCAUAGUUAUUUCACUUAAGAGUACAUUAUAUGAAAAAGCUCAGGCACUUGUUGGAAUAUACCGGGAUCAAGAGGUGAACAGUAGCAAGACAUUAACUUUACAG